AUGUCAUCAUCAUCAUCAUCAUCAUCAUCAUCAUCAUCAUCAUCAUCAUCAUCAUCAUCAUCAUCAUCAUCAUCAUCAUCAUCAUCAUCAUCAUCAUCAUCAUCAUCAUCAUCAUCAUCAUCAUCAUCAUCACCAUCAUCAUCAUCAUCAUCAUCAUCAUCAUCAUCAUCAUCAUCAUCAUCAUCAUCAUCAUCAUCAUCAUCAUCAUCAUCAUCAUCAUCAUCAUCAUCAUCAUCAUCAUCAUCAUCAUCAUCAUCAUCAUCAUCAUCAUCAUCAUCAUCAUCAUCAUCAUCAUCAUCAUCAUCAUCAUCAUCAUCAUCAUCAUCAUCAUCAUCAUCAUCAUCAUCAUCAUCAUCAUCAUCAUCAUCAUCAUCAUCAUCAUCAUCAUCAUCAUCAUCAUCAUCAUCAUCAUCAUCAUCAUCAUCAUCAUCAUCAUCAUCAUCAUCAUCAUCAUCAUCAUCAUCAUCAUCAUCAUCAUCAUCAUCAUCAUCAUCAUCAUCAUCAUCAUCAUCAUCAUCAUCAUCAUCAUCAUCAUCAUCAUCAUCAUCAUCAUCAUCAUCAUCAUCAUCACCAUCAUUAAAAGACUGUUAG